GUCUGUGAAUCACAUUAAAGACGUUGACUGAUCACAGCAUUUCCACAAAAAGAGCCAUACACAAUACAACUUAAGCAUUGAGGACAUAAUUUUGUUGACGGUCUACUGUGUGAAUAAUGGAAGAAUCUUACCCCAGCUGUAGGUCCAUUUGAGUGUGUGGUCACUUAGGCCUGUACAUCAACCAGUACUGGAUGCUUACUCUUAAAGUUCUGCUUGAAUGUCUUCGGGUCUGUGUCUGUAAAGGUCAAGUACAACAUGGAGGAAGUUAACCUGUGGCUUCGAUUGACUUGAAAGUUUACACAAAUGAUAAACUAAGCAAUAUGAUUCAACAAACUACUACACAUAUAAUAGACUGCCACACAGUCCAGUCCAAUAGCCUACACAUGGAGAGGAACCUAAAAAGCACAUACAGUACCAACAAACACUACUCACCCAACAGACAGGGCAGGUGUGGAUCAGUGCUGCCUUGACUGCAGUCUUCUGGUCUGCAACUGCAGCCUCCGCAUUGGCAUCAGUCAACAAGUUCAACUUGAGAGUGGAGCAUGCGUUAUAUUAGUUGAGUGGCGACUAGUGUGAGGGGACUGGAGCUCCGUUAAUUGCGGGUGGGCUAUUCUUUGGAUGCUGAAAUCAGUCGUUUUUCAUACAACUUCAUUUUAUGUGACGUCGGAGCUCCAGUCCGCCCACACUAGUUGCUGCUCAACUCCAUCAUUAAUUGUGGAAUUGAGUCGGCUAGGCUCGACUAACUUUUUUCAUCACUGUCCCAGAAUCAUCCGGAAGUGCAAUUUAAACUGUCCCAAACUGAAGAUGAUAAUAAAAUCUCAUAAUAAAAUACUUGUAAAAAAAUAAACAUUGAUAUGCCAACAUGGGCCUACUCUAGAACCUAGAUCAUUCACCUAGGUCACAGUGAUUUAAAAGGCUAAUAAGAGUAGACUACUCCCGAAAUAGAUCAAUGGGGCUGUCAACUGAGCCAGAAAUUCACGUAACAAAAAUGGCCUCUAAAAAGGUCAUUGGAAUAGUAUUUCCAUAUAUUUUACAUAAAUGUAGAUACGUAAUUAGCCCUCGUAAAAAUGUCGCCUAGGUUCUAUGCAUAUUGGCUACAGCCUCUCAUGUCCACACUGACGCUGACAUGAGGGACACUAGAAAAUGUAGGCAAACUUUAAUGAGACUUAAAUAUAGGCUGAACGCCAGUCAUGUUUGACAAUUAUCAAGUAGGAUAUUUAACACAUUAACGUUUUAAAGGUUUGAUUCUGUUGACAUAGCUUUCUCGAGGCACAGUUAGUUUAGAUCAAAUGGUCACGAGUGGAGAGUGAAGGACAGUGCCUGUUACGCACUGCACACACCUUAAUCUGAAUGGAGGCAGUCAGCAUUUUGAAACUAUUUAACCAUGAAGGUAAUUGUUUAAAACCUGGAAGUUGUCCUUUUUUAGGCAUAUCUUAGCUUGUUUCAAAGUACCCUAUAUCCAAAAUCAGAUCAUAGAAAUGUUGAGGGAAUUGUUUAUAAAAACGCCCUUAUGCCAUAGAAACCAGCCUUUCUAUGUUCUAUUGGUUUUCAAAUCAACUUUCUCUAUUUUCCAGAAGACAAAAUCCUAGUCAUAUUAGUAACCCAAGCUAGUUGUUGCAUCUUUAGAUGUCACCUUGUUCUAAAUUUCUAACUGCUUUUUUCAUCUUUGUCACAUCAAACCUGCUCACAUGUGCAGUGCAUUUAAUUUUUUAUAUCUUUAUUUUUGUAGAACUGUGCGUUUCUGCUAAUUGCAUUUUGGAACAUUCACGUGUACCCUAGGCUACUUCUGCGUGUGCAUUUCUGUGCGUAUGUGAACUAAAUAAUAGUUUAUCAACAUUUUAAGCUAAACCUUCUGAUAUGUUGCGCAUUUGCCUCAUUGCUUUUAAAAUGGUACAGUAGUUGUAUGCGUUGUGGAUCUAUCGUCUCAGAACUAAACAUUUUUUUAAAUCGGCGACGGGACACCCUAAAUUUCGAGCCCUUGCUACAUACCCAGAGAGAAAGUACAUCGUUCAAUCCUCUCUCUGAAACUGUUGGAUGAUUUUUUUUCUCAGUUUCUCACCUUUCCUGUGUUGGCUCUAGUAAUGAUUGCUCUCUCUCAACUCCGGCCCACCCCUCCCUCCCCACCACUCUACUCACGCACUCAACAACAGCCUGCCUCACUACCUGAUUGUCAGCAGUAGCAGGCGAGGUACAUUGUCGGAGAGGAGUUGAUUCCCAGUUGGUCACCAGCCUGUUUAGGGACGGAAAGUCCCCAGGUGACACUGGACAGACUACCACACAGAGAAAGCCUGUAGCGUUGGAUAUGAGAGACUCCAAAUCACCUACCAUCAAAGAGGAGAGGCGGGAAGAAGCCUGGGACAGUCACGACCAACGAGAGAGACUGAGUACCGGAGCUUUAAAUCACAUUGUUGAUGGAGGAGAAAGGCAUUCCAACAUCGUCACAGAGGCCACACAACCAAUCAGCAAACAGGAGAAUGCCAGCUCUUGUAAAUGGUAUAUGGUGAAGGAGAUGAGUAAGCCUGAGUGCAUCGAAUUCAAAGAGGAAAGACAGGAGGACACCAUAAGCCUAAAGAAUGACUCAAGAAUUAAAGGCAGUGUUGAAUCAGGUGCUGAUGAAGACAACAGGGGUGUGAUUGGACACACUCAGACCGACAGUCUCUUUGAGGACUAUGAUCCGCACAUCAACGCAGACCAAGAGAGGGAAAGCACGAUCCAGAAGUUUCAGCAUACGAACGUUGCACACCGCGUAUGGAGGCAGGGAUACUCAGGUUUGUGGACACCAAGAAGCACUGAAACAGAUUCUGAGGAUCCAGCUUGCUCUUAUUCUGAGGAAAUUAGCCCCACUCAUGUCAAAGCUCACACAAAGCAACAACAACAGACUUCCGUAGCUGAGGAAAGCAAGCUGUUCGCUGUUGAGUCUCACAAUGUGAAACCAGUGUCUGCAAUGCUUGAUUCUGAACCCUAUGAAGAAAAAUAUAAACCUAGCAAUAAUGAUAGCAGUAAUAAUUUGCAUCUGCAAAACAGCAUCUCUUAUGAGACUAGUGAAAACUUUGGAAAUCUUGCUGGGAGGUGUUUCUCUAAUAGUCAAGGAAAUAUUAGAGGGAACACAGCUAGGCCCAAGGUGGGCAUAGUUCAACGCUACAUGGCAGGGCAUAAAAUGCAACACGGGGUUGGCAAGCGAGAAAAACGGUUUGUUUGUGGCUUCUGCAGAAAAAGUUUCACUUGUCCAAAGUAUCUUCAGUCUCACCAGCGGGUUCACACGGGAGAAAAACCCUUCAGCUGCUCUCAGUGUGGGAAGAGGUUCGGCCAAGCUGUUUAUCUGAAGAAACAUCAGAACGUCCACACGGGAGAGAAACCAUUUGUUUGCCCACUGUGUGGGAAGCAGUUUGCAGAUGCAAGUAAUCUCAUCAGACACAAGAGUGUUCAUACAGGAGAAAGACCCUUCAUCUGAAUACAGUCUGGGGAGAGGUUUGCUGCGAAGCACAACCUUAUAAUUCACAGAGAGAGAAACACUUCAGGUUGCUCAAAUGCUGGAGAUUCUAUUGUCACUGAGUAUUCCAUGGACACAAUUAGGAAUAAUUCAAUUUAACAUUUUGACUGAACACUUGUCUUUAUGCUAUUUGUCAUUUACAGUUGAUGACUGGUCUUGUAAACAAAAUGAAUGGAAAUAAAAUUG